AUGACUAUCGAACAACAAGCGUCGCAUACUUCUGGUUCGAAUGAAUCAGAAGAAGAUGGACCAAGCGAGAUGACAUUGGUAAUGUAUAGCUUAUUCAUGGCUCUAUCUUCCGUCAUCUUCGGUGGCUUAAGUCUAUGGCAUGCGAGCGAUGACAGCAUUCCCGUCACCGGAUCUUCGACAAUCGACAUCUUUUUGGCACGUUUCGUUAAAAUUGCAAAGAAUGCUCGUCGUUUAUCACUGUUUUGUAUUGGUCUAAUCACCGAAAUCGAUCCGCAAACACUUGUUUGGCUUGCUUCAAUGCUUUGUUUGGUCGUUUUGCUUGCAUUUGCUACCAAUCCAAGCGAUGAUUCUUUCCGAUCCUUUCUUACAGAUUUGGCUCUGCGUGAACAUUUGCAUCACUUUCGUCAAGAUGCAAUCGACUCUUCCAACAAAUCCAUCUCCAUCGCUGAAGAUUCGAACGAUAUACAAAAUUUGGCAAAGAAAGAACCAUUACCUCAUGUGCAUCCUUUCACCAAUCGAGUCUCUGUCUCACUUCGAACGCCGGCAUAUCAUCGACGUGAUUAUGGUCUGCUGAGUACAGUCACUGUGUCUGAGCAGAAUCAUCUAGGAAUGGUACAAAGUAGAAGAUUCAUCGGUAUCUUUGGCAAAUGGUGGGCUGGCGGUGUGAUUCAACACAGACUAUCCAGCAAAGAAUCUGCUUGGGGUAUCUUGAACAUGCAAUCGCGCAACAUUUCUCAGCCACAUGAUGACGAAGAGUCUUCUCGAUCACCAAAUACGUCUGCCAAUGCACGUCUCGAUGAAUCUGUGCCUUUGGACCAAAAUGUCGAAAAAGCAUCAACUGCACGACGGAGGAAACAUGGGAACAAAGCAAAAUCAUCACAUUCACCACUUCAGGCGACAAUGACCAAGGAUGCAAGUACAUCAUAUGAUUCCAAAAUGGCCGAAGAACUUGUAGCAGGGGAAGUAACAAUGCCUAGCAGUCCAACGCUAAAUGGCGAACUUGAACUGAAUAAAGGAGAUGGGGAGCGAAAGCAUUCCAUCGUUGAUGCAUCACAGGCUGAAGCCAUCGCUGAAGCUCAAGCACAACUUGAUCAAGUUCGAACGGCUUCCGAAUCUGCUCGUCAGUUGCUACAAAGUCAAUUAGACGAGAUGCGGACGCGGAAAAAGGAUGAAGAUGCAACCAGACUCGAUGUGAAAGGGAGAAUGAAAACACUAGAUGAACAUAAGAGACAAGCUGAAGGGACGAGAAGGGAGGCAGAAAGGCGAUUAAAAGCUGCGAAAGGAUUGAAAGAAUUGCUAGAAAACAAGAUUCAAGCAAAGUCGGAGGAAAUUGCUGGACUGAGAAAACGUGAAGCGACAAGUCAAAAUAAAGCCGAAGAGAGUGGAAGGCGAAAGACUGAAAGAGUUGAUGACUUACGUCGCGAGAUUGAGAAAAAGAAGGAAGAGGAAGCCUCAGUUGAUAAUGAGCUCAAUGUGCUGAAUGGCAAGUUGGAAAAGAUACAACAGCAACUUUUGGAAGAGGAAGGAAAUCUACAAGCAGCACGAGAAAUGGCAUCCGAAAGAGCCAAUCAUUACGACUACUCGUCCAACUCUUCGCAAAUGUAUGCUGGCCCAGAAUUUUAUGGACCUCAGCAACCUCUACAUUCCUAUGCUCACCAAUAUGAACAGCACCCACAGACUCACACGUCAGGGCAAGGACCACUUGAUGCCGGACAAAGUGCAGCAUACUAUGAUUUGAUGAUGCAACAAGGCAAACCUAUGCAACCAAAUGAACCAAUGCAUGAAACAAUGCAAUGGAACGGCACUUCACACAAUCAUUCUGUCGGUCCAAUCGCUCCACAAGCUCGAUCCUUGGCACACAUGGCUGCGAUGAUGGACGAUGAUAAUGAGUUAGGAAUGUUAGAUGAUGCGUUUGAUCCCACCAUCCUGGCAUCCGGUCAACGUCAAGAAGAAGAUUCUCUGGCAAAUGCACGGUUUUCACCUUUCUCCUACGAUUCCAACAACGUCACAUCUGGUGGCGUGCCAAUGGGCAGCAUUGAUUCGCUCUCCCGAAGCAGGAUGAGCUCAAUCACGCCAAUCUCUCCCUUCUCAAGUGAUUUGUUACCGAGUAAUCUGUUUCAAAACGCAGAUGAAGAUGAGAGACAUAUUGGAAUUCUGCCAGGAACACGUUCCGAGCAAAUUGAGGCUGCCUUGAACAGAUUUGGGCUCGACAAUUCUGAUACAUCUGAUGUUGAGGUUGUACAAGAUGAGAAUGUGGAAAAGGAGGAAAAGAGCAUUAUAGGGCGUAAGAGGUCUACCUCUUCUGGAGGCAGAAGUUGGUGGGGUGGUAGACAACGUAGCAAAGAGCGUGCUUUGGGCGAUGGAAUUGCACCAAUGUCAGAAUUGAAAUCGGAGAAUAACGAAGGAGCAAGAACGGAUGAAGUACCAACAGCUGAAGCUGCUUCACUUCGAUCAGAAACUUCCGAAGGAUCAAGUGCCGGAAAGCGAAGAUCACUUUCAAUCUUUCCAAAAUUGUCACUCAAUCCUGGUGCGAAAUCUUUCCGUGGCUCACUUCGACGCAAUCCCAGUCAACAACAGGACAAAGAAAAUGCAGAGACAGACGCUCAAACUUCUAAAGAUGAUAGGUUGAUUCAGCAAACAUGGAACUCAUCGUUAGGUCAUUUGCCAAACACGAAGCAAGAUUUCGAUAGUGUGAAACGAGCUUUUGAGUCUGAUAGACCCGUUCGUUUGAGUUCAGAAAUUCCAAACAGAUCUUCACACGAUUGGGAUCCACGUCCCAGUGCUGCGAUCGGUGCAAGAUGGCCAUCUCAAUUAGCCGAUGCGAUUCAUGAUCCUAUGCGUACAAACUCUGAUUCAUUGACUCAUGUUUUACGUAAUUCGCAAAAGAGACAACAAUUCGGCAAUGGUGGUGCGAUUGAGAAUCCAAUCGGAAGUGCAAGAAGUAGUGGCGUUGGUUUGAGACCGGGUCCGACGGAUUGGCUUGAUGAUAUGAUCUUACCUUUAGAGCGCAAAACAUCCCAUGGCAGUCAAUUCUCUACCCAUUCCGGCAAUGCUAUGUCUAGCGUACGUAUUGCACCUGCUACCAACAAGCAAAGCAGAUUUGCUCUCUGGCGCAAUUCAUCCUACUCGAAAGAACAAGCAAACGAUCUCAAUCAAGCUCAAGAUAAUUCUUCUACUUUGUCUAAUGAGCAAGAUGCUACUUCUACCAAUUCGAGCGGAACAAAUCAAACGCAAGACAAACCAAAGCGUGCUUCAUUCUUAUGGUCCAGAAAGAAUGAAAACAGUUCCAUCAAUGAAUGA